CUCUGCGGCGGGAAGAACCACCUGGAGGUGGCGGGGGGGUUUGAUUUCCAUCACCCCUAGGGAGAGAGGAUCGGGGACCCGCUGAUCUUCCAGCUCCCCUCACCCAACGUCGUAAUUUAAAGCAAGAAAGUAUAAAGAGUAACGAAAACAGAGCAUCGUGCACCCAUGAUCCCAAAUUGAACCAUUGGCACGUUGCAGAGAGGCCCGUUUGUCCUUCGCGAACAUGCACGUGGUAGACAGAUGACUGUCCCCCAGCCCGCGCGGCUCUAGGUGCCCGGCCGUGGAGCGGUCCAGCAGGGAAGGGAUGGAUUCCAAAGACGAUAGCUCACACGUGUGGCCUCCGCCUGCAGAUCACGAGGAGAGCGCUGCACAGGUGCACUUUGUUCCAGACGCUGGCACUGUAGCCCAGAUCGUCUACACCGAUGACCAGGUCCGCCCCCCGCAGCAGGUGGUGUACACGGCAGAUGGUGCCUCCUACGCGUCAGUGGAUGGGCCGGAGCACACACUGGUCUACAUCCAUCCCGUGGAAGCUGCGCAGACUCUGUUUACAGACCCAGGCCAGGUAGCUUAUGUCCAGCAGGAUGCUACAGCUCAGCAGGCCUCAUUGCCGGUGCACAACCAGGUCUUGCCUUCAAUUGAGGGUGUGGAUGGCUCAGACCCUCUGGCAACCCUGCAGAACCCCAUGGGAAGACUGGAGGCCAAGGAGGAGGAAGAGGAGGAAGAGGAUGAGGAUUCUGAGGAUGAUGAGGAGGAAGACGGUGAAGACACUGACCUGGAUGACUGGGAACCUGAUCCCCCCCGGCCCUUCGACCCGCAUGACCUGUGGUGCGAGGAGUGCAACAACGCCCACUCUUCCGUGUGCCCGAAGCACGGCCCGCUGCACCCGAUCCCCAACCGGCCGGUGCUGACGCGCGCGCGGGCCAGCCUGCCCCUGGUGCUCUACAUCGACCGCUUCCUGGGGGGCGUGUUCUCCAAGCGGCGCAUCCCCAAGCGCACCCAGUUCGGCCCCGUGGAGGGGCCGCUGGUCCGGGAGGCCGAGCUGAAGGACUGUUACAUCCACCUCAAGGUUUCUCUUGAUAAAGGGGACAGAAAGGACAGGGAUUUGCACGAGGACCUGUGGUUCGAGCUGUCCGACGAGACCCUGUGCAACUGGAUGAUGUUUGUGCGCCCGGCCCAGAACCACCUGGAGCAGAACCUGGUGGCCUACCAGUACGGCCACCACGUGUACUACACGACCAUCAAGAAUGUGGAGCCCAAGCAGGAGCUCAAGGUGUGGUACGCGGCGUCCUACGCUGAGUUUGUGAACCAGAAAAUUCACGACAUUUCUGAGGAAGAGAGGAAAGUUCUUCGAGAUCAGGAGAAGAACUGGCCCUGCUACGAGUGUAACCGCCGCUUUAUCAGCUCGGAGCAGCUGCAGCAGCAUCUCAACUCUCACGACGAGAAACUGGACGUGUUUAGCAGAACGAGAGGCAGAGGAAGAGGACGAGGAAAGAGGCGGUUUGGCCCAGGUCGACGGCCAGGGCGCCCUCCAAAAUUUAUCCGCUUGGAAAUAACCAGUGAAAACGGGGAGAAGUGUGAUGAUGGGGCCCAGGACUUGCUCCAUUUUCCCACCAAGGAGCAGCUUGACGAGGCUGAGCCGGCGACCCUGAACGGGCUGGAUCAGCCGGAGCCGCCCGCCCUCCCCAUCCCGCCCCUGCCACAGGACCCCCAGGCCUCCCUGGAGCCCGAGCCGGAAACGCACAGCCUGCAGCUGCAGCCCCAGCACGAGGAGAGCGUGCUGCCCGCCCAGAGCACGCUGACGGCCGACGACAUGCGCAGGGCCAAGCGCAUCCGAAAUGCAGCUCUCCAGCACCUGUUUAUCCGGAAGUCCUUCCGGCCUUUUAAAUGUUUGCAGUGUGGGAAGGCCUUCCGCGAAAAGGACAAACUGGACCAGCACUUGCGCUUCCACGGGCGGGAAGGGAACUGCCCGUUGACCUGUGACCUCUGUAACAAGGGCUUCAUCAGCAGCGCGUCCCUGGAGAGCCACAUGAAGCUCCACUCGGACCAGAAGACUUACUCUUGCAUUUUUUGCCCAGAAUCCUUUGACCGCCUUGAUUUGUUGAAAGAUCACGUGGCCAUUCACAUCAGCGAUGGCUACUUCACCUGCCCCACUUGCAAGAAACGGUUCCCAGAUUUUAUCCAGGUGAAGAAACACGUGCGAAGCUUCCACUCGGAGAAGAUCUACCAGUGCACCGAGUGCGACAAGGCUUUCUGCCGUCCUGACAAGCUGCGGCUGCACAUGCUCCGGCACUCGGACCGCAAGGAUUUCUUGUGUUCCACGUGCGGGAAGCAGUUCAAGCGAAAAGACAAACUACGCGAGCACAUGCAAAGGAUGCACAACCCAGAGAGGGAGGCCAAGAAAGCCGACCGCAUCAGCCGCUCCAAGACGUUCAAGCCUCGCAUCACCUCCACCGACUACGACAGCUUCACGUUCAAGUGCCGUCUGUGCAUGAUGGGCUUCCGCAGACGCGGCAUGCUGGUAAAUCACUUAUCCAAGAGGCACCCGGACAUGAAGAUAGAGGAGGUGCCGGAACUGACUCUGCCCAUCAUAAAGCCCAACCGGGACUACUUUUGCCAGUACUGUGACAAGGUUUAUAAAAGCGCCAGCAAGCGAAAAGCCCACAUUCUGAAGAACCACCCCGGGGCUGAGCUCCCGCCAAGCAUUCGGAAGCUUCGCCCUGCGGGCCCCGGAGAACCAGACCCCAUGCUGAGCACACACACCCAGCUCACAGGCACCAUAGCCACCCCGCCCGUCUGCUGCCCUCACUGCUCCAAACAGUACAGCAGCAAGACCAAAAUGGUACAGCACAUUCGAAAGAAGCAUCCAGAGUACGCCCAGCUCCCUAACACCAUCCACACCCCGCUGACCACGGCUGUGAUCAGCGCGGCUCCAGCCGUCUUAACCACAGACAGCGCUACUGGAGAGACAGUGGUGACAACAGACCUGCUCACCCAGGCCAUGACAGAGCUGUCCCAGACCUUGACGACGGAUUACCGGACACCACAAGGGGACUACCAGCGAAUUCAGUACAUUCCGGUGUCGCAGUCCGCGUCGGGCCUGCAGCAGCCUCAGCAUAUCCAGCUGCAAGUGGUGCAGGUGGCCCCGGCCACUUCCCCUCACCAGUCUCAGCAGUCCACGGUGGACGUCGGCCAGCUCCAUGACCCUCAGACCUACACGCAGCACGCCAUCCAGGUGCAGCACAUCCACGUCACGGAGCCGCCCGCCCCGGCCGCACCCGCGUCCCAGGUGGCGGGGCAGCCGCUGAGCCCCUCCCCGCAGCCGUCUCAGCAGGGGCUCAGCCCCGCACACAUCCCGGGCGGCUCCUCGGCGCAGGGCCAGCCCCAGGGCUCCACCGUCCAGCACACGUACCUCCCCAACACCUGGAAUUCCUUCCGUGGCUACUCAUCUGAGAUUCAGAUGAUGACACUUCCCCCAGGUCAGUUUGUGAUCACAGACAGUGGCGUGGCAACUCCUGUCACCACCGGCCAAGUGAAGGCGGUUACUCCGGGUCAUUACGUGUUAUCAGAAAGUCAACCAGAAUUGGAGGAGAAGCAAGCUGCUGCUCUCUCCGGGGGGGUCCAGGUUCAGCCAGCUGCACACAGUGACUUGGACCCCCAGACCACCAGCCAGCAGCCCACACAGUACAUCAUUACAACCACCACCAAUGGGAAUGGGAGCAGUGAAGUGCACAUCUCUAAACCUUAACUUCCAUCCUUGAGCCAGAAUCAAGCAGUCACAUCAUGUCUUUUCUCAUUCAUCAGUUUGGAAGCUUCUGACACUUAGAACUUCUUUUUCAGAUUUAUCAUUCACUCAAGAGUUUGGAAAUCACGGUUUUGAUGCUCAUACAUACCCUGGGGCUUGUUUUAUCAAGGUCACCUUUACCAAACUGACUCUCCAAAGCCUAGGAGUUUCUGCCACGGAAUGGAGAUCUUUCAGGGGAAAGUAGAUUUCAAGAUGGAGAAACUUUGCCUUGCUCUUGAGUUGGUUUUUCAACACAUGGAUAAGCCUUACUUUUCCUUUGUGGAAAUAUUAAGUGGUGUAUAGUGUUUGUACCAAAGGUGGAGAAGGGAUGUGCCAAGUCCAUGGCCACUGGACUUCUUGAUUCCAAGCCACGGCACCAAAGGAGAAGGGGCAUCUUAUGGGCGUGUGCUAGGUCAGGACUGCUUCAUCUUGUUUGCAUUUCAGUCAUUUAACAGAGGGAGUCUAUUGAAUAUGAAAAUUAAAAUGAUGAAACAAAGGUUUGGCAGUGAUGGUCUGAAGGACAAGCUGUCAUCUCAAUUUUUCUUACUGCUGAUGUUUUUUUAAACUUGCCUUUUUUAGAAAGCGGUUGUUGGGCUGUUGGUAGUGCUUUCCACAGACGCUGGCCCUCAGCAGGUUAGGCUGGAACCUUGUGUUCUGCUCAGUCUCCCGUUAUGACUCCACGACUGUGGACUCCCUGUACGAGAAAAGGUUGCUUGAUGUCAGCAGAUUUUAAACUUCCACGUGCAAGCUUGGCCUCCCACCCGCUGGUUGUGCUUGUAUGGAGAAGACAGUGGAGAUAACGGUACCAAGAAAAAUGACUAAAACAGUUGUACUGAGAGACUAAGAAGCACUGAGACCAUGUCCUGCCCGUUCUGCAGGACCCACUUACCCGUCAUUGGUGAAGGGUGAAUUUCCGCUCUUACCAAGUAUAUAGUCAACCCUUGCUCGUGCAUUCCGUGUAUUUUAGUACUUCUAAUGCUGUCUUAAAAUGAACAUUCUUUAAGGUUGGGUAGAAAGGUGGUCCUCAUUUUUUUUUUUAACACUUUUAACUUUAAAACAUAUUGCUACUCAUCUGGGCCUUUUGGUAAGAUGAGCAACUUCACAUCUAAGGGGAAAAUAAAAAUGUGGGGACCAUUUAUAAUAUGUUAAGGUAACUAUAAGGGAUCUGGAAGAAAUCCAGUCUUAACGUUGCACAGUCAGUUGGGAGAGGGAGAAAAAUCUGCCUCAAUGAUGGUUUUCCUCAUUUGUAUUCCUAUUUGGGAGUCCUGUUAGGUAUGAAUUCAGUGGGGGAAGACAUUCCCCUUCUUUUUACUGUACAUUCCAGUGGUACACACAAAACAUUGCAGAAAUCAGUAUGUAUUUUAACAACUCUUUGUGACAUACUAAUACAUUUUUAGAAUAAUUAUGGCAUGAUAGAAUUUAUCACUCCAGAACGGAAAGACCUACCUUCAGUUUCAAAUGAAGUUAACUGAUUUAUUUUAUUUACAUUUCUGGGUAAAAACUGGUUCUGUAAAUUAAGAAGUAUAGUAACUUCUUUGUGGUAAAGACACCUUUCUGAAAAGUAAACAAUUCUAUUGAAGUAACUUUACUAAUGUGUAGAUUUUGCACUUUAUUUUUGGGACCUUAUUCAUUUAGUUAUCCCUGAAAACUUAGGCACUAAGAGAACUUGAGAGUUACUUGGUAAUUGUGUAGAAAAUGAAAAUGCACUCUAUAUCUUUGGUAACAAAGACUUAAUGCUGACGUUUUCAAUAGAAAAUAUUGAAUCUGUGUCACAAUAUAGAGAUUUUGAGUCCCAAAGUCCUACAAUGCAUUGAUUAUAAAUAUCCUAGUGUCCAGUCUAGAAAGACUUGCUAGGUGAAGAAUAUUAGACUUUCCGAAAGGUCCAGUUUAGUUUUUAUAACUUAAAUCUGGCCCUGUUGGGUCUUUUUAAAUUUGAACCAGCAAGGUACCUCCCUCCCCUCAGGAAUAACUUAUUGAUUAACAUCGAAAACUAUCACUGAAUGGAAUGUUCAUUUUAUGCCAGUUAUUUCAAGUUUUAAAACACACAGAAGAAAAAAAAUAUUGUGGAAGGACAUCUGUUUCUUUCCCCUCUAAGUUCUUUUUUUCUCUCUUUUUGUUUUUUGUCCUUAUGUGGAAUAAGUAAAGACGCUAAUUAAAACUAACUGGUAUGUUGUCAACCAGAGAUGCAGGUGUGGCAGUCAAGCCAAACAACAUUGCUUUAAGAUCAGGUAUUCUGCACAUCUAUUCUAAGGUAACAGAUUCUCGAAAGGACUUGGAUUUGAAGAGAUGGCAGAUUAUAAGCCAUCUAAAGACCCAAUUUGGAAAAAAAUGUGUGUAGCCAACAUCUAUGUUGUGGCCUCUCCUAAGACACAUUGGCACUGUAGAUUUAAAUCAGCGCGGUGUGAAAAUUUUGGAGGUUACAUAUAGAUUUUACAUUUCUAUUGUUUGAUUUGUGCCCACAUAAAUAGACAUUUCAUCAUGUAAAAUUCUGGAAAAACCUAUUGUUUUGAUCUUCUUGUUUUCUGACUUGGAAUUAUCUUUUCAAAAAACUUAAGAUACGUAGGGCUAAAAAGCACUUCAUGAGAUGCUAAAGCUGACCCACAGGUUGAAAAUGUUGACCCUAUCCUGUUAUUUAAAUGUGAACAUUUAUUGUACAUUCAGUGAGUUAUAGUGUUAAUAGUCUUGUGCUACUCAGCAGGUGUAAAAAUUAAUAAAUAUUUUUUUUAAUAAA